CGGCGCGGACGGUGACGCGCAGGCCCAGGCGGAAGUGCGGGCGGAGGAUCCCGAGCCGGAUCCCGAGCCGGGCGCGGGGCUCGGGGCUCGCUGGGGCGGCUGGCUCCCGCGAUGGCAAGCCUAUGGCACGGAGGCCUGCUGCGGCUGGGCUCCGGGCUCAGCCUGUCCUGCCUGGCGCUGUGGGUGCUGCUGUUCGCGCAGCUGACAGGCGCCGCCAAGAAUUUUGAAGAUGUGAGGUGUAAAUGUAUCUGCCCUCCCUAUAAAGAGAAUCCUGGGCAUAUUUAUAAUAAGAACAUAUCUCAGAAAGAUUGUGAUUGCCUUCAUGUUGUGGAGCCCAUGCCUGUGAGGGGGCCUGACGUAGAAGCCUACUGCCUACGCUGUGAGUGCAAAUAUGAAGAAAGAAGCUCUGUCACAAUCAAGGUUACCAUUAUAAUUUAUCUCUCUAUUUUGGGCCUUCUACUUCUGUACAUGGUAUACCUUACCUUAGUUGAGCCAAUCCUGAAGAGGCGCCUCUUUGGACACUCACAGCUGUUGCAGAGUGAUGAUGACGUUGGGGAUCACCAGCCUUUUGCAAACGCCCAUGACGUGCUGGCCCGCUCUCGCAGCAGAGCCAAUGUUCUAAACAAGGUGGAGUAUGCACAGCAGCGCUGGAAGCUUCAGGUACAGGAGCAGCGGAAGUCUGUCUUCGACCGACACGUUGUCCUCAGCUAACUGGGAAUCGGAAUCAAGGUGACUAGAAAAGCCACAGCAGACGACUGGGAAGAACUGACUGGGUGUCUCUGGGUUUUAAUGCCCUGUUGUUUUUACACAUCCUUGCUGGAUGGAGGAAGACUCAAAGUUGGAAGCAGACCCACAUGCUUAGUAUUUUUUCUUGUUAAUGUAUUAAUAGAGACAUUUUUAAAGCACACAGUUCCAAGUCAGCCAGUAAACCUUUUCCUACUUGUGACUUUUACUAAUAAAAUUAAGCUGCCUGUGCAUUAUCUUGAAGUCCUGUGCCUGGAACAAGCUCUCUUUCUCAACUGCACACUUCUAACUUGGUUUUCAAGAUAGUUUCCAGGGGUGUUUUUCCUUCUGUUUUUCUGUGGUGGGAGAAGGAGGGGAAGCCUUGGGAGUGCUGACAGAGCUGCUCUCAAGUCUCUUUACUAGACAGACUUGUAAAUACAGCAGACCUCUAUUCCACUCGUUAAUAUUUCCAGUGUAGCCAGCUCACCAGCGUGCUGGCCUCCCCACAUGAACUACACUGACUACAUUACUUAAGAUUCUGGUUGGCUUGUGGCUGCAUUUCUUGGUAAGUGGAUCUAAAAUGCCUGGCGGCUCUUCACGAAAUGCAGACUUGUUUCCUUUGUGCGCUGUGAUGUCUGAUGCAACACAUCCUAGAACAAACUGGCCGUUUGCUAGUUUACUCUAAUAACUAAACACAGUCUCGGUGUGUGUGGUCUUCCGCAUCUUCUUCUAGUAUCUCUAAGGACUUGAACAUUUAGAAUAAAGACAUUUUCUCUUAAGCCCAAGCCUCCCUGGAUGAAUGGCAUACACAUACUGGUCAGCAUUUCCUGUUGUGCUGAGAGGCAGCUAUUUGAACUAAUGUGGGCAGCUUUGAACUAGGACUGGAGUUCAGAUUGCCUCGCUCUGAGAAGUCUAACAGUUAUUGGAUAACUGGCUUUUUUCUUCCUACAUCCUCUUUGGAAUGUAACAAUAAAAUAAUUUUCCAAACCCCUA